AUGGCGUUCCGAUUCCCCUUCCCGGUCAACGACCCGCGAAUGCAUCGUGAGGAGGAGUUGACACUGGCGAGGGUUGCGUCUCAGCAACAGCAACAGCAACGGAGCAAAGGCCCUUCUCCCCUGGACACACCCCUGCCUCUGGAGGCGCGAAAGGAGGUCUCUGUCGAGUCCGCGACACCAUCUCCCUUACCGGCGGCCAAGAAGAAAUGGGUCUUCGCCGAUCCUGUAGCCUUCAGAUACCUUGAGAGUGAUCCAGCGGUGACCGUUAUCGAGCGACGAGGCGUCUUGCAAGGCUACGAACUAUAUCUGGUGGAACAAUGGGCAUGCUCGCGCAAGUCGCCUACUCUAGUGAUUGUUACCUACACGGGCGACCCAAAGCAUUCCGUCGUGGUUGGGGUGCUGGCUGUCCCCGCGGACGAGAGCACUUGGUCAGAUCGACUGCGAUUCUACUUCAGGGCCAUCCACCAAUACCAUGCCCGACCCAAGGAAACGCCGCUGGGCGAUGUUAUGGUCACCAACCUGAGCAGUUUUCCCUCGGCCCUGACAGUUAUACCCGUGCCUGAGGGCGACAUUCGCACCCAUCGCCAGGCCUUCAUCGUCAACGAGAACCUCAAGCGACUGGGAUGUUCCGGUCGAUCUGGCAUGACUCUUGCGGACCCCAUACCCCCGACUCAAGCCAAAUUCUACCAGCUCUACAAAACCAGCGAGAAGGUCCCAUUUCCACAGUCAGUCAUCGAACUCGUCAAACUGUGCCAGGUUUCCUUGUUCAUGUUUGGGAAGUUGGAUAACGAAUAUAUCGAUGGAUUACUAUGCGACAAGACGGAGGAGUCUAUCGGAAACUGGUGGACGGAGCUCGGCGCAGAAUCGUACAACGUCGAGCCGACAGAUGGCAUCCUGGGACCAACAACGGUAGCGGCCCUGUUGGGCAUGCUGAUGGGUGCAAGAAAUCGUCUACACUACUACGGUGCUCCAGUAUCCAAAGAUGUCUUCGACAUUGAAAGCACUAAGCGGGGAAUUGCUUAUUUCCAAAAAUCAAACAAGCUCGAGCGGACGAGACGACUGGAUCGUCCGACUAUUCUAAAGCUCCAUAGCGCCACUGCGAAAGCAGCCGCUGGCGAGGGUUGGGGCGUGCAGAAAGCUGUCAAGUCUGCCGUCGGUGAAAUUGGCGGCAAGAGGGGUGAGCUGGUCAUCGGCAUGGUUAGUGGCGGAAAAGAUAAGGCUGGCAUUGCUGAUAUCGAGACCGUCGACAUUGACAGGUUCAUUGCCUUGGCUUAUGGUGAGCGUGCAAAAUGGCUUUGGUAUGGCCGACCCCGAAAGACGGUUCCUGAACUCCAGGAAAAGUCAUCGGACAUUGGUGCUCCGCUAUUUGGGAAAGACGAGCUAGCUGCGCAAGCAGGCAAGCGAACACAAUCAAUGCCUCUCGAAGAAGAAAUUCAGAAGCACAGAGAAGAAUCUUCCGGGGUCUACUCAGCUCCCGCGCCUGCCUCGGCCGUUAGUGUGGUCGACGCACCCGGAGAUAAAGACGCCCUUAGGAAAACGGUCUUCAAGUCGGUUGCUGGCAGAGUUAGCGAUGCCAAGUCUGGGCUUGGGCGCAUUAAAGACGUCGUCGGAACGGGUUUGAGAGGUCAUGCCAGUCGUCCUAGCAGAGACGAUUUUGGUGAGAAUGGCUACAGCAACAGCGCCCCUAUCUCAGCACUGGCGCAUACAUCUGCAGCAGCCUUGUCGUCUCCCGUCGUUGUUGGUAGAGCCUUCACUUGGAAGAAUAAGCCAGAAGAAUACCUGGCACAGUUCAAGAAGGAGGCGGACGCUGCGCAGGCAAUUCCGGAAUCAUCGCAGGAACUAGUUAGGUCCCCGGAGCUGCUGAAGUCCCCAGAGGUGAAGCAGAUUCGCGAAGCUUCUGAGCCCAGCUCGACACGUGUAGAAGGUGCCUACGCAACACCUCCAAACGGGCCCGUAAAAGAGGAGCCUGAAAAGAUUCAAGCAUCUGUGGCUGGCUCAGUGGUUGAUGAAGCGGACCUUCAUGGGCCGUUCGAGGCGGAGCGGGGUGAUAACAAUGCUGUGGGCUUUCUCCAGCGGCGUCACUCUAUCGCGGUGUCCAGGCUUUCCUACAAACACCCACUUAACGAAGCUCGGUGGCCUCGAAGGCUGUCCUUUGGUGAAGCAGAGGAAGCCGUUCUACGAUGGGAGGAGAUCACCGAGGUCUACGACGACAAGCACUUUGCUACAGCCGAUGCUCUGCAACAGCAAGCCAGUCUAGCCGAGUUCGCCCGGAGCCUUUAUGAUUCUAUCGCAGUUAUCAAACGAGACGUCAACCCCUGGGUAGAGUCUAAGGUCAAGGCCGUUGAAGGGGUGGACGAGCACUACGCUCACGAACAGGAAGACCUUCAGACCCUCUACUACCAGCUCAGCGAGGCUUACCAACGGGUUAAGCAAAGCUCCUCGGAGCUCAUCGCCGAAGAGCGAGCGCACAUCACUGAAGCCAUUAAGGAGGUGGAGGUAUUGGUUGCGCGACUAGAAUACGAGGUUAACGGUCUCGUAAGCAAGGUCGACGACGUCGAAGACGGAGUCAGGUUGUUCGAGAGACAGGUCGAGGACGUUGAGAAGCGCGCCGAGGAGUUAAAGAAAAGUCUCGAAACGGAAAGCUGGGCACACUGGUUUGUCAGGACGCUCACCGGUAUCGGGACUGGUCCCAACAUCACAAGGGGAUCGUAG